CGCGUGGGGACGGGGGAGCAGUCCAGCGUCUAAACGGAGUUUUCCUCUAACAUGGGCUUUCACCGCUUGGACGUGGGAGGUGAUGCCAACUUUCACACACUUCUCUGACCUUUUGAUCGCUUCGCUGAUCGGGCACGGCUGAAGCCAGACCCUAUUUGGGGUGGGGGGAGCUUCCGAGUUAUAUUCACUGGUCGAGACUGGACUAAUCAUGCCAAUCUUGGAGAGAGGGACGGCGAGAGACCAAGACAGCCAAGUGCUGACAAAGGUCCCCAUUCCCCUGCUGAAACAAACCCUUGACACGUACUUGAAGUGCGUUCAACACCUGGUGAAGGAGGAGCAGUUUAAGAAAACAAGGGCGAUCGUGGAGAAGUUUGGGGCUCCUGGGGGCGUGGGAGAGACACUCCAGAAGAAGCUUUUAGAGAGGAGGGACAAGAUGGCAAACUGGGUCUAUGACUACUGGCUGGAGGACAUGUACCUGAACAACAGGUUGGCCCUGCCAGUUAACUCCAGUCCUGCCAUGGUGUUUCCUAAACAGAUGUUUAAAGAUCAUAAAGACGCCCUCAGAUUUGCCGCCCGUCUCAUCAGUGGAGUUUUGGAAUACAAGGCUCUCGUUGAUGCGCGAUCACUGCCAGUGGAUUUCACUCGAGGCCAGCUAGCUGUCAUGCCUAUGUGCAUGGAGCAGUACUAUCGCCUCUUCACCUCCUACCGCUAUCCGGGGUUAAAGACAGACACGCUGACGGUCCAGAUGAAGGCAGCAUUUUCAGCACCGGAGCACAUGAUUGUGGCAUGCAAGAAUCAGUUUUUCGUGUUGGAUGUAGUCGCAAACAGCAAGCAGCUCAGUGAGGAGGAGAUCUUAUCCCAGCUGGAGAAGAUUGUGAAAAUGUCUGAAAACGCUGAGGAGAGGCUCCCCCCUUUUGGCAUCUUGACAUCUGAUGGGAGGACAGAAUGGGCACAAGCUAGAGAGGCACUAAUAAAAGAUCAGAUCAACAGGGACUCUCUGGCGCUGAUUGAGAGCUGCAUCUGUGUGGUGUGUCUGGAUGAGCCCAGCGGCCUGCAACCCAGUGACACCAACAGGGCCCUGUUGAUGCUACAUGGUGGAGGACAUGAAAAGAACGGUGCAAACCGCUGGUAUGACAAGUCAAUGCAGUUUGUUGUAGGCAUGGAUGGGAUAUGUGGAGUGGUGUGUGAGCAUUCGCCAUUUGAAGGGAUUGUUCUGGUGCAGUGCUGCGAAUACAUAAUGAAAUAUAUAAUGGAAAGUUCUUCUAAGAUGGUGAAGUCCUCCAGCUUUAGAGAGCUUCCCCCUCCAAGGAGGCUAUGCUGGAAAUGUAACCCACAUAUCCAAGGACUCUUAGCAGCAUCUGCAGAGAGACUGCAGAGGCUGGUGAAUAAUCUCGACAUGACUGUAUUCAAAUUCAGAGAUUAUGGGAAAGAAUUUAUCAAGCAGCAGAAGAUGAGUCCAGAUGCCUUCAUACAAGUUGCCUUGCAGCUUGCAUUUUUCAAAUGCACUGGAAGGCUCGUGUCCACUUACGAGAGUGCGUCAAUUCGGCGUUUCCAAGAAGGUCGCGUAGAUAACAUUCGCUCAGCGACUGCCGAGGCCCUGGCCUUUGUGAAGUCUAUGGCAGAUGAGAGGGGAACGUUCUCCGACUCAGAAAAGAUGAAACGACUAGGGGAUGCAAUUAAAGCCCAGACAAGUUAUACAAUUGCAGCGAUUACAGGAAUGGCGAUAGACAAUCACCUCCUUGGACUUCUGAGGAUCUCAAAGGAGCUCAACAUGGAAAAGCCAGAAAUCUUUUGUGAUGAGACAUAUCUGGCCAGUAACCACUUCAUCCUCUCUACCAGUCAGGUUCCUACCACUGUGGAAAUGUUCUGCUGCUAUGGCCCAGUGGUGCCCAACGGUUACGGCGCCUGUUACAACCCACAGUCAGAUCACAUCAUCUUCUGCGUAUCUAGUUUCUGGGACAACACAGAGACUAGCUCGGUCGUUUUCGUUAAAGCCUUGAACGAGGGCCUGCUGGAAAUCAGGGACUUGUGCAAUAGAAGCAGUGCUACAGCUAGCAAACUAGCUGUCGCCAGCCAGGGAGCCAGCCAGCCUCAUAAAUCAGGGAAGUAAGCCAUACUGAGGGAGUACGCCCACUCAGCUGCUCCACUCGCCACUGUUAGACUUUAGCAUUAGACUCAGUAGUUAAGAUGCCUUCAUAUGUCUUUGUUGUCUGUGCAAUAGUGUUACUUUCAUCACAAAAUUCAAAGCCUUAAAGUUCACAUGUAACUGUAUAUAAAACAUGUAAAUUUAAAAAUAUACAACAGAAUGAUUUUGGUCCAGCACUGACCCUGUUUGACUUGGUAGACUGACAUUAAAUGGUCUGCUGCCUUUAGGAAACUAAAGCCAUGUCCGCUUUGUAGCACUGAUUUGAGGGUCAAUUCCUCAGUCAGUGAGAGAUUCAGCCGAAUGAUCUUAGUGUAUAUUUUAGACUAGUAACACACUUUACAUGACAAAAAAAUACCAACACUAUAUAAAAGUCACUUAUAACAAUCAUAACAUCCUGUAAAUGUGAUUCUGCAAACCUCACUUGUUGUGUGCUGUAAGAUUUAAAUGUUCUAAAGUUAUUUUUAACUCUUGGAUGUGUGUUUUUUUUAUUCUUCUGAUGUCAUCAGGUUGCCAAAGAGGCUGUGCAAAUGUGAAGUCUGUGUGAUGAGGCACUUUAAGAUGUUUAUGUCAACGCGUGUGUGAAUACCUUCAAACAUAGAAAAGUGGCUGUAAGUGAGUUAUGUGAUAUGGUUUCAGUGGCACAUUCAGAGUUGUCUAGCUAUAAUGUAUGUACUGUAUUUAAUAGCAAUAGUUAUAUUAUGUGUAAAGUGUUAUGAACAGUGCCGCAUUAUAAGCAAGAUACAGUCCACUGAUGACUGAGGCAUACCACUGUGUUCACUUAUGUAAGUGCUUUUUAUUUGCACUUGGAGGUAGAAAGAAGUUGAUGUUAGCUACACUGUAGGUUCUCUGUGCAAUAACACAAAAUCAAGGGUAUAUGUGCAAUUUGCCAAAACAGCUCAUUAAAUGCAUGGAGCUUAUGUAAUUUUAAAUUAACUACAGUGAGUAUUUUUGAUAUUCAGACAAAACAGAGUAAGAUUUCAAUCGAUUCUGGCGAUCUACAUCAUGCAUGAUGUUAUAGUGUUUAAAUGUUCAUUAAAACUGGGAUGUAGAUUUGUCUACACAUAUAAAUUGCGAGUGUUGUUUUUUUUUUUCAAUCUCGUGUGGUGGCUUGUGUUACUUCGAAGCAAAUCCGUGGUUACUUAGCGGUGCGGUGUGUGAGAAUAUUAGUCAUGUGCAUAUGACACGUAGGAUAUGUAUCUGUGUAUCAUCAGCCAAAGUGAAUGUCACAAUUUCCAAAACCAUGUCCAGAAAAAUUACUAGGUGACACAUGCAUGUUUAUUCUUAGAAUAAUAGCUGUAUUUUUAUAUGUCUGUGUGGAAAGUCUUAUGAUAUAGCGAAAUAUUGUUAAAGAGAAUUUUAAAAAUGCCUUAAAACUAAAGUCAUGCAAGCUGUUUUCAAUAAUUUCAAUAAAGUGUUAUAAUCUAUUGAUGUUCAAAGCUUUGAUGUUAAUUUGAUGUGUUUUCUCUUGGCGUUUGCUGUCUAAUCUGGGUGAUACAUGUAAAAGAAUAUAUUUGUAGCAAAGCGGCCUGUUUAAAUAAUGUUACACUCAUCCAUGAUAACAUUUUUAUAAAAGUAAUUAAUGUGUAACAUGUCUCUGGCAGAUCAGACAUGGUGUUUUAUGAAGUGCAGUGAAAAGUCCAGUCUUCUUUAUUUUGACAAGGAAAACAAAAUGCUAAUUUAUUUUGAAAGGCAGUAGCAAUAUUUUGUUCACAGAAGAAAAUGUAAUAUGUAACAUGUAAAAGCUGUAA